GUUGCGGUUUGCAAUGUUACGAAGUCGAAAAGCGCUCAGUAAAAGCAGCAGAUCUGUACCACAGUGGUCUGUACAUUACUAGACGUUCAUGAUCUGUUGUAACGUGUAUACUAUGGUACUCCCGUGUGCACCCCAAGUCACGCAACUGCUCUUCAACUCAUGACGGCUCCGUCGAAGUAUCAAAAACUACUCUCGAAGGCCAUUCUUUUGCGUACCGCUGACGCAGGAAGCGAUGAUAGGCGCCGAAAGAACGUCAUUAUGGUCGUGCUUGGAACAGAGCUGGCACAAGCGCAGCCAGAUCGAAGCCCAGCCAAACAAACGCGGCAAAUACGCCUUCCACCUUUUCGUGAAACUAGACUUGUAAAACCAGGCAAAACUAGAUUGAUAAAAUGUGCAGAUGCAAGGUUGGAUGAAAAGCGUCUUCAUGACUUAUUUUUCACAGUGACUGAGUUGACAAAUCAAUGGAGAAAGUAAAUACAUUUUUGUCUCUUUGUCUGGAAAACGAGUUAACGGAAGUAUGUAAUUUAUUGACAAAUGGUAUUCCAGUUGACGCUCAGGAUGCAGAAGGCACAACGGGGUUGCAAAUUGCUGCUACGAAUGGGUACAAAAAGUUGGCCGAACACCUUGUGGAACAAGGCGCCGAUGUUAACCUCACGAACAACUGUGGUUGGACACCGCUUAUGCAUGCUGCGCAGCAUGGUCAGGUGUCUGUAGUAACGCUGCUAUUAAAUUACGGUGCGACUGUAAAUGCCACCAGCCUCUUAGGGGCUGGUGCACUAACAUUGGCUGCAGCUGGUGGUCACCACUCAACCGUCUGCCUCCUGCUGGAAGCAGGAACAGACAUUGCAACCAGUGCUGGCCAUUCUGGCCCAAGACUCGCCCCAUUAGCUGCUGCUGCUAUCAAUGGACAUGUGUCAAUCGUUGGUGUCCUUCUUCAGAGGGGUACUUCCGUCAACCAGGUGCUUCUAGCAACUGGCACAACUCCUCUCAUGCUGGCUGCGAGUGGUGGUCACCUUCGUGUAGCACAGAUGCUUAAAGACCAUGGUGCUGACCCAAACCAGCAGGAUUUCUAUGGCAAAACUGCCUUGGAUGUCGCCACUGCAUGUUCAAACAUGGAGGUAGCUGAAUACCUUCGAAGCAUGACACAACUGAUGUCAAACCAAGAGUACAACCCAACCAUAACUGAUAUCUUCAAAGCUAUUGCAGAGGGCAACUUGAGGGAUUUGAAGAGAAUCUUGAAGGAACAUCCAUCAUGCACCAACUGGUGCCACCUAAAAAAGGGUACCACUCCCUUAAUGCAUGCAGCGAUAUUGGGCUGUAUGGACGCUGUCACACUUCUAGUCAAAAACAAUGCUGAUCUGGAAAUGCAAGACUACUCAGCUGGCUGGACAGUGCUCAUGCAUGCUGUAUAUCAUGGGCAUGUCAACAUUGUUCGCUACCUCAUUAGCUCUGGUGCUGACGUCUGUGUGGAAGCUUUCAAUGGUGCCACUGCUCUUGAUAUUGCUUGUUAUCAUGAGAAUGGAGAUGCCAAAAUCAUUCGGAUGCUGGCUGACCAGACAGUUGCUCGCAUGUCAACACCAACAGGGAACGUGAGAAAACAAAGUGACUCUCAGCACUUGAAGGCACUUAAGGGCUGGAUUGGCAAUGUAACACAGAAGCUGACACCAUGGAAAGGCAGACAGCUUGUGCAAAAAAGUGUCAGUCAAGCAGCCAACUUGCCUAGCUCUUUGGCUUUGGACCUGCAGUCACUGAGCGUAUUGCCAAAGCACAACACGAUGCCUGCGUUAGACAUUUCCUUCACAUCUCCAGAAAUAACUUUUCCCGAGGUAGACACUGUUUUCAGAGCAGCACUACCAUCACUUCCAAACUAUGAAAAAAUGCUUGAAGCCACUCCAGCAGCCAUGCCUGAUAAUUUCACACAGGCACACUCACAGAAGAUCACAAGAAGAGCCAUUGAACCAAAAUUUCUUCGACAUCUGAAACCGCCUCCCUGCAUUAAACCAGAGCCUCCAGGUGUAAUGAGCAUUCUCCAACAACUAGGUCUUGACAAGUACGCCGAAAACUUUGAAGAAAAUGAGGUUGACUGGGACGCAUUUGUGAAUCUGGACUCAAAAAGCAUAGAAGAAAUUGGUGUUAAAACGGAAGCAAACAGAGAAGCACUACGAGAAGCCAUCAACCAACUGCAAAAGAUGUAACGAGUCUAAAAGUUUGCAAAAAUUCCAGGUUGCACAAGCCAAGUUGGCAAUUUUUAUGGACAUUUAUGCUAUUACACAAUUACCUAUUUGUUAAAGCAAUAAAUUAUGCUUGAAAUUUCA